UUGAAUGCGGAGGAUGAAAUAAUCGUCAUAAAGGAAACUACUCAUAAGGUUGCUGAAAACCCUUUGACAGCCCACGACCGGUUUCGCCCUUCCAGUUCGGGCUCAUCGGGUAGGCGCAGUCCCCGAGAUUCCGUCAACCUUGUGUUCUACUUGAACCCAAAUUGGACCGUAUUCGAGAAGUACACCCAUUUGCAAAUCAAUUUGAUGGCUCAGUGGUGGGAGCGCGAAUUCACUGACCGUGGUUCAAACCCGAUCUCUGCCCCUCGUCCUCCCCUGUCUAGGCUUGUGCAACCUGGCAAUAUCCCAGCCCUCGUGCAACCUUCGAGUGGCAUGGCAGUUAGGCACCUUAAGGGUGAGACAGCGGAACGAUUUACUCAUUCAUUUAUUUGGUAUGUGGGGGAGACGUUUCUCGCAACCACUUACACAUGGCUCAGUGGUAGGAGCGCGAAUUCACUGACCGUGGUUCAAACCCGAUCUCUGCCCCUCGUCCUCCCCUGUCUAGGCUUGUGCAACCUGGCAAUAUCCCAGCCCUCGUGCAACCUUCGAGUGGCAUGGCAGUUAGGCACCUUAAGGGUGAGACAGCGGAACGAUUUACUCAUUCAUUUAUUUGGUAUGUGGGGGAGACGUUUCUCGCAACCACUUACACUUGGCACGAUAUUCGAGAUAUCGCAGUGUAUUUUCGUAAAGGAAACUACUCACAAGGUUGCUGAAAACUCCUCGACAGCCCGCGACCGGUGUCACCGAACCCCGAAAAGGGCGAAACCGGUCGUAGGCUGUCGAAGAGUUUUCAGCAACCUUGUGGGUUGUUUCCUUUAUGAAAAAAAUAACAGAUACUCUACUCUUUUAUGGAAUGUUGCGACAUACACACAAAUUGCGCACCUCGCAGCUUGUUCCAUUGCAAAGCAGAAACUGAAAACAACACUCGCCUCGGCACAUAGCGUUUCGGCAUGCGUGGCACGUGAACAAAACUGUCCAGCUGUAGCACCCUUUCGUUGCCUAACUGUCAUGCCACCCAAAGGUUGCACGAGAGCUGGGAUACUGCCAGGUUGCCCAAGCCUAGGCAGGAGAAGUCGAGAGGCAGAGGUCAAGUUCGAACCACGGACCUUUCGGUCAGUAAAUUCGCGCUCUAACCACUUGGGCUAUCUCACCCCCCAGCGUGGCACAUGGUUGAUCCAACAAAUUCGACAGUGCAAUACAUCAGUAUGA